AUGCUUAAAUAAAGCAGAUCAAAAGAGUAAUCACUUGGUAAAUUGGUAUUAAUAUAAAAUAUAAUAUUUAGAUGAAGAUAUAUGUAGCAUAAAUGCUUCUUAAUUCAGGUAUUAGCAGUUGUUAAGAAUAAGGAAUAAACCUUUUGGCUGAAUUUUUAAUAAAAAGUAUAUAUUUGUUAAUCUAUAUUUAUAAGUAAUUAGAAAAGUGGGUUCAAAUUCAAGAAAAUUAUAUGAAUUAUAAGGUAGAUAAGAAGGAGAUAUAUUUCAUGUUUUAUUAGCAUUAGAUUAAUUGAGUAUAACAUGUACAUCCAUGUUAUAGCAUUUCAAAAAGAAUAACAAUAAUAGUGAUUUAUCUUUGAAUAGAUUACUUACUUAAGUAAUGGAAUCAGUAUACAAAGAAAAAUAUAAUUCAUAAGAAAUAGAUGAAUAGAACAAUUUAAGAUAAAGAUGCUAAUUACCUAUUUCUUCAUUGAAUUAACAAUAAUCUAAUAAUUGCACUUUAAAUACAUUAUUAUAUGCUUAAGUGAUUUUUAAGAAUGAGAAAGUUUAGAAAUAAAAGAAAGAAUUAACUGAAAAGUAAUUAAAGGAGGAAAAAAAAAAAUAUCAAUAUUAAUUUGAUGAGGAUUAAUUUUAGAAACAAUUAGGAAAAAAUAAAUAAAAAGAACGUAAAUAAGAACUUGAUUUAAAUCCAUAUAAUGCACCACUUAAAAGAAAACAAGCUAUAAAAGCUUUAGAUUAAAUGUUAUGA